GUGAGAGACCCCAACUGACACGAAUAAAUAUAAACUAAUAAUAGCCUUGAAGAGACAAAACAAAUGUGUAAUGAAUGCGUCAACUUUUACUUGGUACAGUAUGCCACGACCCCAAAAAAAAAAAAAAUGAUUGUACUACUACCAAGCUUGCUUUAUAAAUAUGCCUUCUAGGGUUAGGGUUUGUAAAUGGAGAGAUUAUGACUGUAGUUAGCUGAGAAUUUUCUGUUCUCUCUAUUAGCCGAGAAUUUUCUUUUUCCAACUAAAGAAGAGAGAUGACAAAAUGUCACGUGAUUCUGAAGAAGGAUGACUUCUACUAUGAUGACUCGACGAAUUCAUCUCUUACUAUUAGGACAGUAAGGUACAGAGAGUGUCAGAAGAAUCAUGCUGCAAGUGUUGGUGGAUACGCGGUUGAUGGGUGUCGGGAGUUCAUGUCAUCUGGCGAGGAAGGAACUCCCGACGCCCUUACAUGUGCAGCCUGUGGCUGCCACCGUAAUUUUCAUCGAAGGGAAGUGGAGACUGAAGUUGCCUCGGACUGUUCUUUCCCUUCGUAAAAGUAAGUUUUAUAUACUGACAGUGUAAUUAUAUAUAUUUGGGAUGUGUAUUAUUGCCUUUGGGGUUGUGCGGGUUGUGCGUGUAAGAGUGAAGGUUGUUUACUAGGAAGCAAAGGGAAGGCAUAUUUCUUUCCUUUGAUGUUCCAUUUUUUGGGGUGUUUAUAUAAGUGAAGGUGAGAAUGUUUGUAAUGAUUUGCAUGGUUGAUUAGUGUCAAGAGUGAACCAUAUUAUGUAUGAGAAUUACAUAUAUGUGGUGCUCUCUGACAAGACAUUAUGGUCUUAUUUUUCAUUUAUUUUUCCGCCUGUAAGAAUAUUUUUAGGCUUA